UGUGUAAUUACCUAAUACAUCUCACAUGACUUUCCAAACUGCACGUUGCAUUUCAUUGUACUCCAAAUAUCACAAGUUUCGUGGCUUCUGGUCCUGCGUUUGAUCAAAAUGAUUCCCUUCAUCGAAGAAUAUGUAUCCCUCCAAGCCUUUGCUAUCAUUUCACUUGGCCUACUUUCAACUCCACUCACUGGAUUUCUAGCUUAUUGCCUCUAUCUUUUCUACGUUCACUGUCAAUACGCGCACAUCCCCGGUCCAAAACGAGACAGCUUCUUCGCUGGAAAUGUGCCUAGCAUUCAGUACGAAAUAAACGUCAAGAAAAGAGGGAUCUGCGAGUUGUGGAGCGAGUGGUACAAUCAGUUUGGUGGGGCACACAUUUUCUGGGUUUAUCAUGUCCCGGUCUUGGUUCUUGGUCAUCCUGACGACGUCAAGAAAGUCCUCGUUACUUGGAAUCUUCCGAAAGCUUCGAGAUUGUACAAGACUAUAUCUUACUGUUAUGGAGAAAGGUUUGCGGGAGAAGGGGUUUUAACGGAGCUUGAUCACGAAGUUUGGAAACGGAAAAGGGCUUUGCUCAAUCAUGCGUUUCACAGAAAGUACCUGAGGAAUUUAAUGCAAGCUUUCAAUGAAAGCUCUAAUGAGUUUCUGAAGCGAAUCGGGAGCUUAGCUGAUGGGAAGACUGAAGUUCGAAUGGCAGAUGAAUUUGCGAAAGUAACGCUAGAUGUCAUCGGAAAAGUUGGAUUCAACAUUGAUGUCAACUCUAUUGGGGAUGAAAACAGCCCCUUCCCUAGUGCCAUCACCACCGCCCUGGAUGGCCUUCAAAAAGGAAUGCGAAAUCCUUUCUGGAAGUUCAAAUUCUGGACCUUCAGUUACCAGGAAAAAGUCAAAUCUGCCAUUCGUUUCUUAAGAAAGUUUGGCCAAAGCGUCAUCAUGGAAAGAAACACUGCUAUCAUCGAGGGUUUAGAAAGUCCUAAGGAUAUUCUUGCGCAUAUUCUUCAGAUGGGAAAAGAGAAUGCUGACUAUACUCUAGAGAACAUGACAGAUGACUUUAUCACCUUCUUUGUGGCUGGACAAGAAACGACAUCCAACCAGUUGUCAUUUACCUUGAUGGAAAUCCUUGGAGAUUCUAGCAUCGAAAACAAGAUUUGCAAUGAAGUAGAUGACGUCCUAGGCUCUCGUCAGUAUGUUGAGUACCAAGACCUUGGAAAGUUAGAGUAUGUAGGAAUGACCCUGAAGGAAGGUCUUCGCCUACAUCCCCCAAUCACUGGAACACAACGGAUCCUCCCCUUCAGAGAAACUCUUGGCGGCUACAACAUUCCUGCCAACACCCCAGUUAGCGUGGUAUACCAAAUCACACAUUGCUUAGAGGAGUUCUGGGAAAAUCCAUUGGUAUUUGAUCCUGAAAGAUUUUCUAGUAAAAACAAGUCUGCCAUCUCCACCACGAGUUUCCUACCAUUUUGUACAGGUCCACGCACAUGCAUUGGAAAGACAUUAGCAGAGUUUGAAGCUAAGCUGCUUCUUGCCAGAUUACUGCAGGAGUUUAAGCUCAAAUUAGUUCCUGGUCAAACCAAGCAAAUUUUGGAGCAGCUGACAGUAAGGCCAAGAGAUGGUGUAAUCUGUACCAUUACCAGGCGAUGACAAGGAAUGCAAAAAUGAAAGUGUCUAGGUGUAAGUCAGAACUGAAGAAUCUGAGACUUUGGCAAUAGUUAUUUUAAAAAUCUGUAUUAAAGCCCUUAUUAUUGAAAGAAUCGUUACUGGCAACUUGCAGUAAAGAAAUCCAUUCAAGUCCUUUUUUUUUCAUUUGUAGUUGGCCAUUUCUGUUCUGCUAAGGAACUACUGACUGUAGUAAGGAACUACAGUAAGGAGUUAAUUACUGUAGUACUGCCACUACUGUACAGAUUGCCACUGCCACCAAAUAUAAAACGAUUUAUCUGUAUUGUGGAAAGCAAUGAUUAAUACUUGACUGUUCCAUUUCGCCAUGAUUCCCCAAUAAUAAUACUCCAUCAUAUGCUAUUUGAAACCGUACCCUUCCAUUAGGUUUAAGGGACAAUGUCUUUCGCAUUUAGAAGGAGUCCUGGCCCAUGUGUAGAUGACAGCAUGACUCUUGUGAUGAAUUUCCCUAGAAAUUGAGGAAAGUAAAACAUUCUUUUAGGUCUAGCAAUUUGCUAGAGUAUAAGAAAAAAAUACAUUAAAAAAUAAAUUUUAAAAUUUUCAAUA